AUGCAUCCUGGACAAAUCACAAUAAGACAGAUUGGUAUUGGAACAACUAUUCUUCAUAAACCUCAUUCUGUCAUGGGUAUCCGUCAAAGUCAAACCCGCGCGAAGAUUUUGUUAGGCAUUGAGAAUACAGAUUCUCUAAUGUCACUGGACUGCCUCUCAUCGGUGCACUCCCUGGAGGAGUACGUUCCUUCGACGCGAAAGGCUGUAGAUCACUUUCUUGACGAUUAUGAGCGGCCCACUCACAAGAGGCAUACAUCUGCGUUCUGGAAUGGAAAAAAUCAAUCUUUGCAGGAUCCAAUCCACUCAGAUCUUCGACAGGCCCAGACACUGUCGUUUGUAUGUGGCUUUUCGAAAUCCUCGAUCCCUAAGAAACGCACUCUGGUCCGCAUGUAUGCAAUCAAAGACCUAAGUGCUCAGGAAGAAGGUCCUCUAGGCCAUUUCUCAAGGGCUCAUGAAGGGCUCGACAUCGCCAGUAUCACAAAGCCAUCUGUAAGAGCCGAAAAGCAGAUGUCAGAGAAUUUUCUGGAGCAGGAUAAGGGGAGGGUAAAAUGCAAAGCCUCUGAUGUGCCCAGCGGAUCUUCUCCUUUAAUGCCUAAGAGGCUCUCUUGGUCCCGCUUGUCUGUAAUUGCCGACCAAAUCGUUCUGUCACUAAGAACAGAGGUUUCAACUGUCCAACCACUGCCCUCAUGUUGGCCAUUUCCCAAUGAACUUGUUUUAAAAAUUCUGGAAGACAUGCCAACUCAGGAUCUGCGCUCAACUUUAUUUCGUGCGCCAAAGUAUCUGCGAUGCAAUCUCCUCAAUGUGGAUGAUCGCCACCUUCAGGCGCUCUCGAGCUUCAUAGAGUUAUUGGGAAGCAAUUCAUCCUUAUUUGUCUCCAUUGUGAAAGAUGGCGAGAUGCUGGGAGAUUUUGCGCCUCUUUUUCAGUCCAUCCGAGACUCGGGCUGCAAGAGUCUUCGGUUCUUGGAUCAGUGGGCGUCUCACCUUGCAUACCCUCCACUGACUCUUCCUGAUUUUGUUGCUGCUCCGGAUCUUGCCAUCACAAAUAACUUUCACAUUUUCCAUGCCAACUCCCCAAUAUUUUUCUCCCGAUCUAUGGUCGCACUUACCCUCUCGUCCUUGCAGAGCUCUUCAUUGAGCGUUCUCCAGUGGACGGUGUUAAUGCGUGACAUUCACUUCCCACACCUUCGUUUUUUGUCUAUUGACGUCGAGUGCCCUGCCACUGCGCUCGUCGAGUUCUUGACACGGCAUGGAAUUCACCAGCUCUGGCUUUACAGUAUGCGUCCGGAGAUUGUUUCUCUUGAUGGCAUGGACCUUACGCAAAAUGUGACCACUCCCGCAUUCCCAUACAUAGCUUGCGCUCUGUCGCUGGACCGCACUGAUCACCUGCGACUCAGCUUUUACGACGGAUCAUUGAUUUCUCAAAGUUUCGAUGUCUCAUUGGGCGAAUAUCGAACUAUUCCGGUCAAGAAUCUCACUAUAUUUCUACCACACUGGUACAAAUAUUCAGAUCGACACCCUUUGUCCUUGGCUACAAGCCUUCCAGCACGUCGAGAAGGUUUUCUCAGGCCUGGAGACAUGACAGCAUCUGAGCGGCAGGAGUUGGAGGCUGCUUAUCGUCAUCCAGAAAAUCCUUAUUGUUUGGACAUUGGCCAUUUUAUGUAA